AUUACCGUAUAAGUAUGCGGAUUUAUGAAAAUUAAUUAUUGGUAAUUUUUUUGGUUUUUUUUCCAUCUAAAAUCUCUUCAGCCCGAGAUGUCGAACUUCAGCUGGUUAGCCUGAAUAGGUAUAUAUUGUACUUUGCAUUACCCGCCGCCCCUCCACCCUUUGUUCGUUCUCCCGAUAUUACAGACCGUGGGUACAGUUUGUCGAUGGCCAUUGGGUUUUUGCGUUGUGUUAUUGUUUCGCAGUUCGUUGAUCGUUGUCGUUUUUCACUGGUCGUGACUUGUGUGCAAUUGUGUGCGAAUGCGAGCGUGUUUAAAAUUGAAGUUAUUGUUUAAUUACACCGUAUUGUAGUAACAAUCAUAAACCCGCUUUCAUUGUAAACAUUCACCGUACACGGCGUAUGCGUAAUCGUUAAAAACUGUGCACCAGCAGCAGCUCUCCAUGUUUCCUCAAUAAGUGUUUGCGGUUAUGCCCCAAUAACAUGGCAUUAUCAAUAUCACUGCAUCAAUUAUUAUCGAUAACGUUCAUUAAGUUUUGACAUCAUACUAUAACAAUCAUACAACAUGGCUGAUGUCGAUCCUGAAACACUUCUGGAAUGGCUCAAUAUGGGUCAGGGUGAUGAAAGAGACAUGCAGCUCAUCGCUUUAGAGCAACUUUGCAUGUUACUACUAAUGUCUGAUAAUGUUGACAGAUGCUUCGAAGUGUGUCCACCGCGAUCAUUUUUACCAGCUCUUUGUCGCAUUUUUCUUGAUGAAAGUGCCCCUGAUAGUGUACUAGAAGUCACUGCUCGUGCAAUUACUUACUAUUUAGAUGUAUCCGCUGAGUGCACCAGACGUAUUGUUGCCAUUGACGGAGCAUUGAAAGCUAUCUGUAAUCGACUAGAAGUAACGGACAUUAAUUCUCGUACGAAUAAAGAUUUGGCUGAGCAAUGUUGUAAAGUAUUGGAACUUAUUUGUACUCGAGAAGCCGGCGCAGUGUUUGAAGCAGGAGGUCUUAGUUCAGUGUUGUUGUUCAUAAGUGAUGCCGGUUCUUGUGUGCACAAAGAUACUUUGCAUUCGGCUAUGACUGUUGUUUCUAGACUAUGUACUAAAAUGGAACCCAAUGAAGUCUCUUUACCAACAUGCGUUGAAUCUCUUUCUACUAUGCUAAAACAUGAUGAUACUCAUGUUGCCGAUGGAGCUUUGAGGUGCUUCGCAUCACUUUCUGAUAGAUUUACACGACGGGGGAUUGAUCCUGCACCUUUAGCUCAACAUGGUCUCUUAAAUGAAUUGAUACUUCGUUUGUCUUCAGCAGCUGGACCGGCUACCACCAACAUUGGGACACCUGGUUUGAACGCAAAUACUUCAACUACUGAGGUUAAGUCAUCACAGUCCAUAUCUACAGUUAUAAGUUUAUUAACAACUCUUUGCCGUGGAUCCAAAUCCGUAUCUCAUGAUUUAUUUCGAUCAAAUCUAGCCGAUGCUAUUGAAAAGGCUUUAAAAGGCGAUGAAAGAUGUUGUCUAGAUACAAUGCGACUAGUUGAUUUGUUACUUGUGUUGCUACUGGAAGGACGUGAUGCAGUAUCUUGGAGUACAGUCGCUUGUUCGAGUGCUAACCCUUUAUUACCAAAACUACGCCGCUUGGAUUCUAGUGCAGAAAAAUCUCAACGACAUUUAAUCGAUUGCAUUAGGAGUAAGGAUACCGAAGCAUUGAUGGAAGCCGUCAAUUCUGGUGCUAUUGAUGUAAAUUUUGUGGACGAAGUUGGACAAACUUUACUGAAUUGGGCUUCUGCUUUUGGCACUCAAGAAAUGGUAGAAUAUUUGUGUUCCAAAGGAGCCGAUGUUAACAAAGGCCUUAGAUCCUCAUCUUUGCAUUAUGCUGCGUGUUUCGGACGCCCAUCUAUAGCCAAGAUACUUCUGAAAAAUGGUGCCAAUCCUGAACUCCGUGACGAAGAAGGUAAAACGCCACUUGAUAAGGCAAGAGAACGAAUGGAUGAAGGUCAUCGCGAAGUCGCUACUAUCUUAGAAUCACCAGAGUGGUUGAUGUCUUCUAAAAAUGAAUCUGGUCAAUCCAUAGAGUCUAAAGAGCCAAAAGGUGAUCCAGAAAUGGCUGCAAUAUAUCUUAAACGAUUAAUGCCAAUUUUUUGCCAUACCUUCCAGUCGACUAUGCUGCCUUCUAUCAGGAGAACAUCUUUAUCAUUAAUUAAAAAAAUGGUACAUUACAUCAAGUCAGAUUGGUUGGAAGACAUAUGCAAAACUGACUGCCCUACUAACUUGGCUCCAUUGUUAGUUGAAGUGCUUGCUACAGUACUUGAUAACGAAGAUAAGACUUGGCUGUUAUACUCUGAUAUGAGUGGCGAGUGCGAGAGAUACUUGCCUCGCAAGCUCUACAAGAUGUUAAUUAUUAAAAAAAAUUAUAAAUCUUUGAUGGAAGAUGAUGAUGGUCAUGUUAUUGCUUUGCAAACAAUUAAUGAUCUUUUAAUUAAAUGCCAAGAUAUUUUUCUUGAUCAUUUCGCCCGUCUCGGGGUAUUCUGUAAAGUUCAACAACUAAUUGGACCUGAAACAAAUAUUGAAAAAGACAAUAUUCAGAAAUGCGAUGUCAAACAGUGUCAAAUUGAGGAUGCAAAAGAAAUAUUACCAGGUCAUGCAUAUCAUUGGAAAGAUUGGUUUUUCUGUCGUGGUAGAGACUGCCUUUAUGCAUGGAAUGAUUAUGUUAUACUAGAAUUAUCAAAUGGUAGUAAUGGAUGGUUUAGAUUCAUGAUAAAUGAUAAGUUAUCUACCAUGUAUUCCAGCGGAAGUCCCGAAGGACAAUCUGAUACAGCCAAAAAUAGACCAACAGAUCCACCAUCUUCAGACGAAAAUAAAUCUGAAUUCAUUGAAAAAUAUUUGAAAGCCAAAGUGUUUGUUAAGUUACAUACAUUGAGUCAGCCAAUAUUAAGCGCUCCUGGGAUAAACAGAAUAGCUGUGGGAAACUGGAUUCUUAUUUCAAGAAAGGAACAUGAAUUAAACAUUCAAAAUUCUGAUGGCUUACAACAAAUAACUACAUUAACUAAUGGAACAAAUGGCUUUUCAUUUCAAUCAAAUCGAGGCAAUCAACAUAUGUUUACUGGUUUAGCACCACUGAAAAGUGAUUUUACUUCAGGUUGGGAAACUGUUAAAAAAGCUAAUGUAGUACCAACCAAGUCUGAAACGAUUGGACAAAAGAUCCGAAAACAAGCUCAAGAAAUAUAUGAAAAAUUCUUCAAGGCAGCACAGGCUCAACCAAGAGGUGUUGUUGCUAGGUUGGGAAAAAUUGUGUCUGCAAUUGAAUUUUGUAUACAAAAUCAGUCUUCUGUAACUGAUGAAAAAUUAAAUAAAGAGCAUUGGACUACAACCCUGUACAAAGCAAUUUCAGAUUUAAAACAACUAUUAAUGGAAGAUGAAGGCAGUGUUUCAGCUUUUGAAAUAUACAGUAGUGGCUUAGUUGAAGUUUUACUGCAACUCCUAACGACUUAUCACCAGAAUAAGAGUGAUACAUUAGGAGACUUACAAGAUCUGAGACUUGAUAUUUUUGUCAAAUGUUUCAAAGAAAAGAAAAGUGAAAAAAGUUCUGAAACUUGUGCUUCUGUUUUAGUUCAAAAACUUAUAUCAGUUUUAGAAUCUAUUGAAAGAUUGCCUGUAUAUUUGUAUGAGUCACCUGGUGCUUUCCAUGGACUACAGAUUUUGUCGCGACGUGUUAGAUUCCGUUUAGAGAAAGCAGUUAAGGAAACAACUUUAGUUGAUCGUACUGGUAGAGGAUUACGAAUGGAGCCACUUACAACUGUACAACAGCUCGAGAAGCAUUUAUUAAAAAUGGUUGCGAAACAGUGGUAUGAUCAUGAACGCUCUUCUUACAAUUUCGUGAAAAAACUUAAGGACAAAAACAAUUUGCCUAUAAAAUUCAAACACUAUUAUGACUUUGACAAAAAUGGCAUACUCUAUUGGGUCGGAACAAAUGGAAAAACAUCAAUUGACUGGGUAAAUCCAGGUCAAUAUGGUCUUAUGUUAGUCCAGUCGUCCGAUGGUCGCAAUUUACCUUACGGUCAAGUGGAAGACAUUCUGAGCAGAGAUUCAGUCGCAAUAAACUGUCAUUCAAACGAUGAUAGCAAAGCGUGGUUUUCAAUCGAUUUAGGUUUGUGGGUAAUACCAACAGAAUAUACACUGAGACAUGCUAGAGGAUAUGGCCGGUCAGCUCUUCGAAAUUGGUUGUUUCAAAUGUCUAAAGAUGGAACCAACUGGACUACAUUGUACACGCACAUGGAUGACACUGCUUUAAAUGAACCGGGCAAUACUGCUACAUGGUCGAUAGAAAUUAAUGAUAAAGAAGAAAAUCAAGGAUGGCGUUAUAUAAGAAUUCAACAAAAUGGCAAAAAUGCUUCGGGUCAAACUCAUUAUCUUUCUUUAUCUGGUUUUGAAAUUUAUGGAACCGUUACUGGCGUUUGUGAAGACCUAGGGAAAGCAGCUAAAGAAGUUGAAGCAAAUCUCAAACGUCAAAGACGCCUGUUUAAAGCACAGAUGUUCAAACAAAUGGUAACAGGUGCUAGGGUGAUGCGUGGCAUUGAUUGGAAAUGGAGGGAUCAAGAUGGUAACCCACCAUGUGUGGGAACAGUUACAGGAGAUUUACAUAAUGGUUGGAUAGAUGUUAUGUGGGAUCAUGGAGUUACAAAUUCAUACCGAAUGGGUGCUGAAGGGAAGUAUGAUCUGCGACUUAUCAGUGAACCCCAAACUACAUCCGCCCCUAAAUUUAAAUGCAGUAGUCCUAAUGCUACAUUUUCUAACAUGACAAGAAUGUCCACAUCGACUCCUAGUUUACCUGAAGCUGCCAACGAUGGUUCCAGCAGUAAUAUUUCAGUAGCAAGUAUUGAUCAAUCGGCAUCUGCUGAUAACUUAGCGGUCAAGCAAGCGGCUCAACAUUUAAGUGAUAGCAUAAUGUCUGUUAUGAGGAUGGAUCCUUCAUCGAUAACCCCAGGUCCAACUAAUCAAUUGGAUAGUUCACUUCGGAUAGUUGUUCAUCCUACACCUUCGGUUGAUCUUGCGACAAUUGUGGAAUCUACAUCAAAUGAUGAAACUCAGCAAAAUAUUGAAAAUAACAAAAAGAAUAGCAACUAUUUCGAAGAAGAAUUUUUACCAGCUUUAGGCAAAGUAAAACCGACUUACAGACGAAGCUCUGUCACUAGCUUAGUCCAUACACUGCAAUCAAUUCAGUUUGAUAAUCCGUCUCCUAACAAUAAACCAAAUCCUAAAGAUAAACCUAUAAUUAUUAUGCAACAUAAUACACAAGAUGCCCCAAAUGCUCAAAUUCAAGAUCUGCCUUCUGAUACUUUAAUCAAUAAUGCAAAUAAUUCUGCUUUCAAUACAGAGUUAUCUAAUCAAAGAAGUUCAGAAAAAGAAAAGAAAGAAGAAAGCCGAAACAGCACUUCGUAUCCAAUGAGUGUUAGUGUACCGAAUUUAGCCUCAAAUGGUACACCAAAAUCACAAGCAGAUAUUCCGAUGCAAAAACCGCUAGCUGAAGCCUACGCACCUUACCAAAAACAUAGGAACUUUGACCGGAAUAAUAGUCAUAACAAUCAGAAUCAAAUUAACCAUUUACCUCAAAGAGUUCCAACUUCGGUAUCUAGUCUAGUUCGUUUAGCUCUAUCCACUAAUUUCCCAAGUGGUCUGCUUCAAACAGCACAAAGUUAUCCUAGUCUCUCGGCUAGUAAUUCAACAAAUAACUCGUGCUCCAUAACAACAAUUGCAAAUGGGGCAUUUUGUGUCGGUGAAGCUCUUACAAUGAGUCUUGCGUCCACAUCCAGUGACAGUGAACAAGUCAGUUUAGAAGAUUUUUUGGACAGCGUUCGCGCUCCUGCUUUGUUUGCUGAACUUGAAGACGACGAAGAAAUUGUCGAAGACGAAGAUAUGCCAGAUGAUGAUGAGAAUGAAGAUGAACAAGAGUAUGAAGAGGUAAUGGUCUCCAGAAAUCUACUUGCUAUGGAAGAAGAAGCCUAUGAAGCCCAACAUGCUGCUAUUGCUAGUAUUGUGGGUGCUGAUAGAUGUGGUAAUCCGUAUAAAAGACGAUCGUGGGAUGAUGAAUACGUGCUAAGAAGAGAAUUUACCGCACUAAUACCCGCAUUCGAUCCCCGACCCGGACGUACCAAUGUUAAUCAGACAUCAGAUUUAGAAGUUUUAGCGCCUCCAGAGGACGAGAAUGAUGAAGUACCUGAUGUUUUCUUUGAAGAUAAAAGUAGUGUUGUUAACCAAUCGUCGUUGCCAAAGCUUAAACUGACAUUAAAAGGACCAAAUUUGCCAGGCGUAAAAGAUGUGGAGGUUGAACUUAAAGAUCCUAAUUGGACCAUAUUCCACGCUGUUCAAAAAUUAGCGCAGUUGGCUGAUCUUGGAAGUCGGCAAGAAAGGUCUAGACGGAUUUGGGAACCUACAUAUACUAUUAUUUAUGAAGAACAAACAAAUGAAUCACAAGAGUUUGGUCCUGAAAUUGAUAACCAUUGGGAUUCUGAUAUACCUAUAUUUUCUACACGUACUCAAUUGAGUAAUACUGGUUGUACAGUUGAUCAUGUACUACAACUGUUACGGCAACUUCAUAAUCUUUCCAUUAAUCCAUUGAUCUCCUUAUUAAAACCAUGUACCAACGACUUUUUCAAAGACCAAACUAAAGAUGACGGUGAGCUGAUGAAUGGCGAAAUAUUCAACAGUAAAAAGAUGACGAACAAACUUGUUCAGCAAAUUCAAGACCCCUUGGUAUUAAGUUCCGGUGCACUUCCAUCUUGGUGUGAACACUUAAAUCUUUCCUAUUCAUUUUUAUUUCCUUUUGAAACCAGGCAUUUAUACUUCAACUGCACAGCUUUUGGGCCAUCCAGAUCCAUUGUUUGGUUACAAUCACAACGUGAAAACGUAGAACGCCAUCGUACAGGUUCUAGUUUGCCGUUGAGGCGUGAAGAGGAGUACAGAGUUGGUCGUUUAAAACACGAUCGUGUUCGCAUUCCUCGUAGUGAAGAUAUUUUGGCGUGGAGUAGACAACUCAUGAGAGCUCACAUUGACCGCCAAACCGUUUUAGAAGUUGAGUUUAUGGGAGAAGAAGGAACCGGUUUAGGUCCUACAUUAGAGUUUUAUUCAUUAAUCGCUGCAGAAUUUCAACGCAAAAAUCUCUGCAUGUGGGUAUGUAAUGAUGAUCUGCUCGAAGAAACUAAACAAAGCAGUUGGCUAGAAGAAGGUGCUAAACCACCUGGCUACUACGUCAGACGCCCCGGAGGACUAUAUCCUGCGCCGUUGCCACAAGAUUCGCCUUGUUGUGAUAGAGCUGUAAAGCAUUUCUGGUUUCUUGGAAUGUUCCUGGCCAAAGUUCUUCAAGAUAAUCGUUUAAUCGACCUUCCAUUGUCUGUACCGUUCUUAAAACUUUUAACAAAGGCCAAAGAUAAUGAGUAUGUCAGAAUACUUAGUGAUUCUGAUUUGUUUGAUAUUGAUGAAGAACAAGCAACAUUUAUAAAAAGCUUGAAAGGUUUGAUUUUGUCAAAGGAAAAAAUUUUGAACGAUCCGUCUUUGAGUAAUGAAGAAAAACAGCAACAAAUUGAAAAUUUACAAUUUCAGUGUGGUGACACAGAAAAAGUUAACUUGGAAAAUUUAAGUUUGAGCAUGAUUUAUCUACCAUCAUCUUAUUGCUUCCCGUUCACUUAUAUCGAACUAGUAGAAGACGGUCUUGCUAAGGAUGUAAACAUGGAAAAUGUUGAACAGUAUGUUAGCCUUUUAACCGAUUUCAUAUUGGAAAAGGGUAUAAAAAGGCAAAUGGAAGCAUUGAAAGCUGGUUUUUGUCGUGUCUUCUCGAUUGAGAAAUUAAAUGCUUUCACACCACUAGAGCUCAGACGAAUGUUAUGUGGACAACAAGAACCAGAAUGGACCAGAGAAGAUUUAUUGAAUUAUACCGAACCAAAGUUGGGAUACAACAAAGAAAGCCCCGGAUUCUUACGUUUGGUGAACGUCCUCGAACAGAUGAAUUCUGAAGAACGUAAAUCAUUCUUACAAUUCACAACCGGAUGUUCGUCACUACCGCCCGGUGGUUUGGCCAAUUUAUAUCCUAGGCUUACUGUGGUGCGUAAAGUUGAUGCUGGUGCAGGAAGCUUCCCGUCGGUCAACACUUGUGUCCAUUAUCUGAAAUUACCAGAGUAUCCGGAUGAACAGACUUUAAGGGAACGUUUAUUAGCUGCGACGCUCGAGAAAGGGUUCCAUCUUAAUUAACCAUGAUGUGCUGCUGUAAUUACUUAUUAUGUUAAAUACUAAAAAAAAUUAUAUUAUUUUAUCACAUUAGAGUAAAUUUAAUUUAUAAUAGUAUGUGUUGUGCACCAUUUUCUUAAACAAUUACAUUUCUAUGGCUGCUAACAAAUAGUACCUCUAUGUUUUGUCUGUCCCUAGCGGUGUUCCCUUCUAUGUACCAGUGUGAUACUGUGUUUUUUUUUUCUAAAUGAUUUAUCUAAUACCAACUGAUUUGUGAUGUUAAAAUUUUUAUUUUUAAGUGUUUUGUCGUAAUAAUAGUUCUAUGGAUUUAAGAGAAUUAAUUAUUACAAUUUGACGACUCAUAAUGUUUCGUGAAUUUUUAUUAUAAUUAUUAUUAAAGGAAAAACUUAUCAAAAAAUAAAUUUAAUGAAUAAAAACGAUUUAAAUUACA